GCAAUUCUGAAGAUCCUGAUCUCAGGAGGUGGCAAAUCCCGAACAGGAGUGAUGAUUCCUAUACCACAGUAUCCCUUAUAUUCAGCAGCCAUAUCUGAACUCGAUGCUAUCCAGGUGAACUACUAUCUGGAUGAAGAGAACUGCUGGGCUCUAGAUGUGAAUGAACUUCGCCGUGCCUUGAACGAAGCUAAGGCAUAUUGCAAUCCCAAAGUCCUCUGCAUCAUCAACCCUGGAAAUCCCACAGGACAGGUGCAAAACAGAAAGUGCAUUGAAGAUGUGAUACACUUUGCCUGGGAAGAGAAACUUUUCCUUCUGGCUGAUGAGGUUUACCAGGACAAUGUGUACUCUGAAGGAUGCCAGUUUCACUCUUUCAAAAAGAUUCUGUAUGAGAUGGGACCCGAGUACUAUAACAAUGUUGAGCUGGCCUCUUUUCACUCCACCUCUAAGGGAUACAUGGGCGAAUGUGGCUACAGAGGAGGCUACAUGGAGGUCAUUAACUUGCACCCAGAAAUUAAAGGACAGCUUGUUAAGCUGCUCUCUGUUCGCCUCUGUCCUCCAGUCUCAGGACAAGCAGCAAUGGAUAUUGUAGUGAAUCCUCCAGUCCCUGGGGAAGAAUCUUAUGCACAGUUCAUAAAGGAGAAGGAGUCUGUCUUGAACAAUCUUGCCAAGAAAGCCAAACUAACAGAAGACAUGUUUAACAAGAUACCAGGAGUUCACUGCAAUCCACUUCAAGGAGCUAUGUAUGCUUUCCCACGGAUCUUUAUUCCUUCCAAAGCCAUCGAGGAAGCAAAGGCUCAUAAAAUGGCACCUGAUAUGUUCUACUGCAUGAAACUUCUGGAGGAGACUGGAAUUUGUGUUGUACCUGGAAGUGGAUUCGGGCAAAGAGAAGGAAGUUACCAUUUCAGAAUGACCAUUCUGCCUCCAGUAGAGAAGCUGAAGAUCUUACUGGACAAAGUGAAAGACUUUCACAUAAAGUUUCUUGAAAAAUAUGCAUGAAACUACUGUGGCUUUCCCCCCUGGUCCUCUCCCCUCCGAGGUGAAUACAGACAAUGAACAAAGAUGUGCUGAGAAUGUGCUGUUCAGCUAAUUUAACUAAAUUCAAAAUAGAUAGAGCCAAUCUCAGAUACUGCUACAACUUAUUGGACUAUUACAUUUUAUGUCUGGUACAGAAGACAUUGUUACACCAACUAGUUUUUUUAAGGGGAAG